AUGGGCUUCUGGCCCCAGGAGCGGCGGCCUGCGGCUGGGAGCCUAGCAGAGCUCGGUACCGCUGGCCGCUGCUCGGAUGCGGGUCCAGGCCGAGCUCGCGGGGGCUCAGUAGCCUUGGGUGGGCGGAGGCCCCGGGGUGCCGGCUGCGGACUGGCCAAGCCAGUCCCUGUGGCGCCGCCAACCGCCCGGAGAGCCUGGCGGGCGGCAAGACGACGCGGAAGAGGCGAGGGCGGGAGGCCCCGGGAUUUCCCGGAGAAAAACAGCUUGUACCUACCCUCGUCUGCAGGUGCCCCUGCUGGUUCAGGCACUGCCUCAGGCAGUAGUCGAAGACUGCAGCAGACACAAAACCAAGUGGAUGAGGUGGUGGACAUCAUGCGUGUCAAUGUGGACAAGGUAUUAGAAAGAGACCAGAAGCUCUCUGAGCUGGAUGACCGUGCAGAUGCGCUGCAGGCAGGAGCUUCCCAGUUUGAAACAAGUGCUGCCAAGUUGAAGAGAAAAUACUGGUGGAAAAAUUGCAAGAUGUGGGCAAUUGGGAUUAGUGUUGUGGUCAUCAUCAUCAUCAUCAUCAUUGUAUGGAGUCUUUCUUCGUGA